AUGUACAGCGUGGAGGACCUACUCAUCUCCCAUGGUUACAAACUGCCCAAGAGCGGCCCCGCCUCCGCCCCGCCCUACGACAAACGCCCGUCCGACUGCCAGCGCGAGCCCGGGGAGACCGGUGCCCCCUGUAGGCCGGGCCGGGGGACUCUGAACGGGUAUGAGGGCGAGCGGGCCACCUCCUCCCUCACCGGGAUCUACGGGGCGAGGCAGGCACUGGUGAAGGCCUAUCCUGGAACGGAGAGCGAUGGGCCGGACCGGAUCCUGAGGAGGAAGGACAUGGCUGUGGGGGUGCUCCAGGACGGACAGGUCGUCGACUCUCUGGCCGUGGACAGUGGGUUCUACGAUGUCCCCAGCCUGACCUACUCCGACCCCCUGAGCCUGGUGAGUCUGGGCCACGAUGACCGGGACUUGUCGUACUGGAGGAGGCGCGGCCAGGACUUCAGCCUGCUCUUGGACUACGCGGACGGGAGGGAGCUUAGGGCCUCUACCACCGCGUGGAGACCCCAAGCACUUCUGACCGCGGAGGAGCUGAGAGCGGAGAGACAAGCCCAACAGCUGUGGGAGGACCUCUCCUGGCUACGAGACCCAGACUCUGGCCCGGGACAGCUGAGGGUUACAGAGGAGGAGCGAAAGUGCCAGAGUUUGGGGAACGAGGAGUGGAGGCCUGCAGGGUUAGGGAGGUCUGACAGCGAGGACAGGUGGGCACUAGACUCAUACAGACUAAGGACACCGGAUGGAUUCUUUCAUGCCAAAACGAAAGCAAAGUCGCAGUCCCUCCCCCGAGUUCUCUCACCGGAGGGAAACACAUGUCGAGAGCUCGUGCCUUCACGGCCGAGUCUACCCGACAGACAGCGGAUGAGCAGUACUGUUUUUUCUGGGCCUUACAGCAGGUAUGUCUAUGGUGCUGGCAGAGAGAGGUGGGGACGGAGCUCGGGUCCAGCCAGCCAUGUUGCACUUUUACCAAAGCCCAGGUUCAGCAGACCCUUAAAGCCUCCAUCUUAUGAGAUACACCAGCAGACGAGGGGUAGCGCCGAAAUGUUAACUCUAGAACAAGGUGCAAAACAAAAAGACAGGCUAGCGUACUAUUCGAGAAGUGGGGAUUUCAGGCAAGAUUACUACGCACAGCAAGCUGCCAUAACAGGAAUGGAGCCACCGGGCUACAUCCCACCCCCUUCCUACAAAAGACCUCUACCCCCACGAGCUGUUUCAAUGAAUCGUCAUGAAAUGGCUAAUUUAAGAUGGAGAGCGGACACUUUGCAAAUGCCGAACUCAGAUCCAGGAAGGUGGCUGACCAGGCAAACGCGAUCCUGGGUGGGAUAUUACGCCGACCGCGCAUCAAGCUACCGCAGGCAAAUAUCGGUACCACCAGGAAACGAGGAACACAUCAGUCACCAACGCCAAUUAGUUCCGAUAAAUGAUCACCCCGGUGAAGACCCAAAACCUAAACCAAUCUCAGGAGGGCAAAGCGGAAGUAUGCUAACUGACUCUGAGAAAGCAGUCAGAAGUGCCACCACCAUCAAAGACCCUUCCGCGAAAUCGUUAGGACAAUCUACUCUUGAUAGUGCCUUUCCUCUGCAGCAGGUGCCAGCUAUAAUGCCUGUAGAAAGCCGAAAAACUGCUACUACAGAGACUGACAGUUGCAUUGCUAGUAGAUCUUUUGUCAGGGGAAUGAGAAAAAGUGAAAGCGUGGGUCCUGAACAAACUCGUAGCCAAUUUUUUCCAUCCUCCAUUUUGGGUAAACCGCCGCCUCCUCCUGUUAAGCCCCCACCUGAGCAGGCAGUCGCGGAAACUAUGACCGAAGUGAAGAAAGUUGAAGUUCCUGAACCUUUGCCUCCUGAAAAACCGGAAAAGGAAAAAGAAAAAACAAAGAACUUGAAAAAGAGACUUAGCGAAACCAUUUUUUGUUUGGUGUCUGUACCAGUUACGCCACAGCCAACAAUGACCAUUCGUGAUCAGAAUAAUAAUAAUGAAAAGUCGCCUGAUCCUGCCGAUAGCCCCACAAAUAACAAAACAGGCCAUUUGACAAACCAAAGUCUCCAAAGCACAUCUUCAGCAGAGGCAGAGUUGCAAGCGCUAACAGCAAGUUUCGCUAGCAGCAAGACAAGCAGCAGAUCGAGUAGUAAAAUGUUCAAAAAGGUUUCAUGUCGACCGCCAAAAAUCAACCAUUAUAAGGAGUUGAAGUUGACGGGGGCAUGGCCGGCCAAUCAGUACAGGGAUCAGGAAACGCAAACGACUCCCGAAGUGGAAAUACCAGAAAACAAGGAAGCACAAGUAGAUGGGAGCGGUAAUGUAGUUGAUCACAACGCAGUAGGGACAGCGUUUACGUUUCCAAUGAAAGGCGUCAAAAGUCUAAAAUUGUCAAGCAACAGCGCUUUCUCGAUAACCGCGACGUUUUCAAACCAGAUAAGCCAGGGUACUGCCUCAGGAACUGUGGAUGAGCCAGAAGCAGAGGAGGAAGACAGUGAAAAAGAGGGGUUUGAUCCAUAUAUUAUUAAACCUGCCAGUCAACGCGCUUGGGAUGCUGUGAAAGAAUUGGAAGCUAUUAAAAAGGAAGUUGAAGAACAAGAACAACAGCAGCAACAACAACAACAACAACAGCAGCAGCAACAACCGCAAACCAGCAAACAACCCAGUGUAGACAAAUGCAUAGAGGACUUGAAUGAAGCUUAUAAGGAUAUAUUAGAGCUAGGAACUGCCGGUAAUAAGGUGCCAAAUGGUUCGGUACAAAUCCCAGAACGCAUCAAAAUUCGGCUAACCUCGGAACCACUAAACAAACCGAGUAGCUUGCGGCGUAGCGCGGUUAGCUGGUCAGUAGAUCCAGAGUAUAGGGAAGUCAAAAGCGCUUUCUCAAGACCUGCUACUAAAUCGGUAACGUUUAGCAAGCAGUUGAGAGAGGAGCUACCAGUGCCACCGAGAGAAACAGGAUUUAGAGAAUACAGGGUAGUAGCGCAUUUAUCGAGAAGAAGAAGUAACGACGGUAGGACGGUUAAGCUAGAUUUAUCAGAUGAGCCAAUAGAAACACCACUCUGCGAUUUUAGCCCGACAACGCUAAAUACUGCCGCGGAAGUACCUUGGGCAGAUAGGCAACCAAUGCAAGACGCCUCUACGCUAACAAGCCCUCCGGAUUACGAAGAUAUUUGCCAAACUUUACGGCAAACUAGAGACCCAGCGGACGCUAGCAGAGGUGGGUCAAGGCCGAAUGAGGAAAUGAUGCAAGACGUAGGGCCGGAUUCAGAGGAGGAGUGCCCGAUUUGCAAAAGAGAAAUGGAAAAUCAGAUGAGGCAAGGGCCGCUGCCUCCGCUUCACGAAGAGAACAGCUCAGACAGCUCAGCGAAUCAAAAUGCAAGUCCACCUCAACGGGCUGCGUUGGAAAGCCCACCGGAAGACGUCAAAGCGAAGGAAGCUAGUGAAUUAGAUAAGCAAGGAUCAGGUGAAGAGGUGAAAGAGGAGAGUUUAAAUAGUGUGGGCAAUACGAGUGAUAGAAAAGAUACUGAGCAGGCUGGAAACUCGAAUGAAAUCGGUGUAAAUACGGAUGUUGAAAGUCAGACUGAAGAGAUUAAAGAUAGUGAGACAACUUUAGCAAGUGAUGUGCCUAUAGACAGUCAAGUUUCAGAAGGACAGAAAGAUGGUAGUAACGAGGAGGUGAAGGAACAAGCAGUAGAAACGGAAGCUAUUGCCGGAGAUGUUUGGGAAAGCGUUUUAGGAGAGGAGAGCUUGGUUAAGUUGAACAAUGAAUGUAAAGAUGAUCAGGCGAAGGUCGAGGAGCAAGAUAAGAAGCCAUUAGUUUCCCCAGAGCAUAGACUAAGUUUAUGGACUCAAUUGGGACGCGAUCCUGCAGGGUUACCGGAAUUCCCCCCGGAUAGGCUGCCUCUUUCUGUACCCCCGACUUUGGACCGAAGACUGUCUCUAAGUUUAGAGGGGGAGCGAAAAAGCCGAGGACUCUCCCAUCGAAUCGAAGCCUUGCAGAAUAAACUGGCGAUAUCUCCCGGGCGAGUUGCGGUGGAACGCAUUUCGCGCAUGAGGGAGGUAGACGUUAUUUGCAGGGUACGGAGACUGAGCAUCAGGAGUACAGACUCUGGGGAAGGGGACAAUGAAGCGGAGAGUAAAAAGGAGGAACUGGAAGAACCUCCAAAACAGAAGGAGAAGGACAAUACAGACAUUGGAAAAGAGGCGAAGGAGGUCAUCCAAUCACAAAAAGACCCCGAAGACCCCGGAGUGCGAGACACGGAGGAGACAUCUUCAUCAGAACCCAUAGACCCCAGCCCAGUGGAGCCGGAGUGA